CUUUAUGAAAAGCUCAUUCCGAAUUGUAACUUCAACAUUAGCAGUAUCUAAAUCCAAACCUCAAAAACAUUGAACAUGGGUCGCAGCAAGGCGAAGAGGAAGGUGCACUUGUAUCGUCCCUUGGAGAAUCGCAAAAAGAUCGUUGAGGACUACUAUUUGACGGCCGAGCAGGUAAGGCGCAUAGUCCAGCGAUGGUAUUUCAUAUGGAACCCCCUCUCGGAUUCGGAAUCAGAGUGCAGUUCCGUGGCGGAAAGCCCCCUAAAAGAUGCCACUGCCUAUGGGGAUUGGCCUUUGCCGGGCGGCAAAUUCGAUUUCGAGACGACUGGCCGGGCGAUCCUGAUGAAUCUGAGCAACUACCCCGCCCCGGAGGUAAUCUAUCCGCCCGUCUCGCUGGCCUCCGUGGUGCCCAACACCCUGCGGAUCAACAGUCCGCCCUAUAUCACCCACACCAUCUUCGAGCACGUGAUGGAGGACAUAUGCGAGAGGGCCAAGACCUAUGUGAACCCACCCGAGUGUGAGGGAGCCGUGGGCUACGAUCGACGUUCCCUGCCCAUCCGCCGGAAUAAUGAUGAGGAGUCCUGGAUGGAUGGCCGCUACUGUGCCAAAUUGUUUGUGGAGCUCAACGAACCCCUGGUGGACUAUGCGAAGCUGCGGCGAUUGCCCAAGCGCAAGAGGCCACCGUCGAGGCGGAACAAACUCUUGGCAGGAUUGAAGCGGAUAAAGUUGGCCAGGAGGAACACCAAGUGGAAGCGACCGCGGGCCAGGCUGGUCUUCCAGUCGGAAACGGAGAGGCUCUACCAGCCGUGGGCGGUGUUCGAGGAGGAGCCACUGCCCUCGGACGACUACUACGUGGAGUAUGCGAACGAGGACUUCGACCUGGAGCCGGAGCAGUCGUGGCACUCCUCGGCGGACGAGGAACUGAUGCCAAAGGUAACCCAUUCCCAGUCGGAUUUCACGCUGGACUACGUGAGGACCUGCGCCAGGCUGAGGCGAUGUCACAGCCUGGGCAGUUUUUAAAAUAAGGAAGGAACUGCCAACCCUUUUUCCUUUCUUUUUCAAUUUUAAAAAGGGUUAACUUCGAAAUUCCCAUGCAAGUAAGCCCCUUUUUAUGCAGCCAAAAUAUAUGUGAAAAAUUCCAAUUUCGAGAGGUCCAUUCGAGGAAGCCCCCCUCUCGAGACCCCCUAUUCCGAUUUCACGCAAUUAAAAAGACCAGCAGUUAAACGAGGCAAAAGAGCGGCAAUUGUAACAGGCGGCAGGCUCAUCGAUCAGUUGAAAUUAAUAAAAUACUCAAUAAAUGCGCUCACAAAAACGUGUGCAAACAAUCGA